AUGCCUUAUAACAAUAGUGGUGGCGGUUUUCGUGGUGGUGGUGGUUUCAGAGGUGGACGAGGAAGUCGUGGAGGUUUCCGAGGUGGCCGAGGAGGACGAGGUGGUCGCGGUGGAGGCAAUCGAUCUUUCGAGCAAGAUUAUGGCCCUCCUGAGAUAGUCACAGAAUUGGGAUAUGUUGUUCAUCCUUGCGAAGGAGACUUGGUUUGCAAGUGUACAAGCGAUAAGAUUCCAUUCUUCAAUGCUCCAAUUUAUUUAGAAAGUAAAUCUCAAAUUGGAAAAAUCGAUGACGUCUUUGGUCCUAUGAACGACAGGUAUUUCACGAUCAAACUAUCCUCAGAUAUGGGUGCAUCGUCUUUUAGUAGUAGCCAAAAGUUCUUUAUCGAUCCUGCAAAAUUGUUGCCUCUUGCUCGAUUUUUACCCAAAUCCUCUGGCCAAAGUACUCCUGGUGGCCCCAGACGAGGACGUGGAGGAGGACGGGGCAGAGGUGGCUCCGGAUUCCGUGGUGGAUCACGAGGUGGAUAUAGAGGCGGUGGAUCGCGUGGCGGAAAUAGAGGCGGCGGCGGUUUUCGCGGCAGAGGUAGAGGAGGCGGUGGAUUUCGUGGAGGUUUCCGCGGAGAGGGAGAAGAUAGUUCAUCAGCAAACACUCUUCAACUGCACAAUUUUUACUUCAGUUACUCACAUCGAACCAAGUGUAAAAACUGCCUUGUUAUGUAA